AUGUUUCGUUGGAAACAUGUUAUUCCCUUAGCGGAACGGGGAAGUUCAAAGUUAUUUUUGACAAGAGAUUCAGAUAUUUUACCAUUAUCGUUUAUUUCAUUUUCAUGGUCUUCUCCUUUAGUCUAUGUAAGGGCCACUUUUAAUAAUCCCACGCGUCAACCAACAACUCUCUUCAUUCAACCAGAUAACAAUAAAUUCGUUAUAAACUCUACAAUACCACAUUACUCCAAAUUCUAUUCGAUAUUUGUUUCGAAGCCAAAAAUCAAUACUACUACACACUGGCCUCUCACAUUUUCACGACACAAAAACCUUUCCGCCAGUUCUCGCGACUGCAUUCUUCACGUUCGUCGAUACCCCCAUUCAAAAACUCCCAGCACAAGUACCAGAAUCGAGAAUGCAGGUGAAAGUCUUUCAAUGUUUUCCCGUCUUAAACUGUUGACUCGACGAUAUGGUGCCUCAGCGGUGGUAAUCUAUCUUGCGAUUUCUGCGAUGGAUUUGGCCGCCACGUUUAUACUGUUACAAAGCGGGGGUGGAGAACGAGUCAAGAAGAUUGAGGAUUGGAUUACGGAGACUUUCGGUAUUAAUACGAUAUAUCGUCAGAAUCGUGACGAUAAUAAAGAUCGUAAUCUUAACACUACUAUAAUGAUUUCUAGUCAAGAGAACAAUACUACUUUAUCGAUGAUAACGAAUGAUGAUGGUGGUAAUAGUGGUAGUGAUAGUACUAAACAGACACCGUCUUUGAUGAGCACACUAGUUAUUGCGUAUGGAAUUCAUAAAAUUUUGUUGCCGUUGCGACUGGGUGUUACCGCUGCGAUGACACCUCCGCUAGUGAGAAAGUUACGGAGUAUGGGCUGGGAUAUAGGAAGACAGAUUUAA